CUUUUGAGAAGUAUCGUUGGAAACGAUCAUUGUCAACUAUCUGAUUGCAAUGGACAAAGAUUGGCUAACAUUUUCGAGACCAUCAACAGAAUACAGAGAGGGUGCACAAAAGUUUGUACAAGUAGCUAAAGAAUAUGGAGGAAAUCGAGAUAAGAUCAUUUGCCCGUGUAUAAUAUGUCAAAACCAAUGUUUUCAACUACCUGCGAUUGUGUAUGAACACUUGGUUAUAAAUGGAAUAGAUCCUUCAUAUACUACUUGGGUGUUCCAUGGUGAACAAGAACCUAUUCUUCAACAACAUGACUAUGCCAACGUGACAGAAACAUAUCAGAUGUAUAGGGAUGUCUUGGCUGAAGAUGAUGGAACUGGAAAAGCAAACUUGCUAAUUGGAGAUGAGAAUUUCAAACAAAAGGUUGAAGAAGCUGAAGGUCCUUUAUAUGAAGGUUGUACGAAAUACACAAAGUUGUCAGCAACUGUAGUUUUAUACAAGAUUAAAGCUUCAAAUGGUGCAACAGAUAAGCUUUUUGACGAGCUCCUCCAAGCCUUAAAGGACAUGUUUCCGGAAGGUAAUACACUUCCGAAUUCAAUGAAUUCGACAAAGAAGUUACUUAAGGUGUUUGAUUUAGGGUUCGAGAAAAUAGAUGCAUGUGUAAAUGAUUGCUGCUUAUUUUGGAAAGACUUUGAACAACUUGAGACGUGUCCAAAGUGUGGUUCUUCACGUUGGCAGGUUGGUAAACGUAAUAAUCACAUUUACAAAGGAGUUUCUGCAAAGGUGUUGCGCUACUUUCCUAUUAUACCAAGAUUUAAGCGAAUGUUUAAGGAUGAUGACAUGGCCAAAGACUGAACAUGGCAUCAUACCAACAAAAGUCAGGAUGGUAAGAUGCGACAUCCAGUUGAUUCGCCAGCAUGGGAGUCUAUUGACACUAGAUAUCCUGAUUUUGCCUCAGAUCCACGAAACUUGAGACUUAGUUUAGCUACCGAUGGAUUUAACCCAUUCCGCCAGCUAAGCUCUAGAUAUAGUUGUUGGCCAGUUAUAUUAGUUACAUACAAUCUUCCUCCAUGGUUAGCCAUGUCGAAAGAGAAUUUGAUGUUGACGUUAAUAAUUCCUGGGAAGAAACAACCCGAAAAUGAUAUUGAUGUUUACUUGCAACCACUCAUAGAAGAUUUAUGUGUGUUAUGGAAUGAAGGAGUGGGUGUAUUUGAUGCAACUACAAAUUCUACUUUCAAUUUGAGGGCUAUUUUGAUGUGGACAAUCAGUGAUUAUCCUGCUUAUGGUAACUUGGCUGGAUGUUUUACAAAGGGCAGGUUUGCUUGUGUGGCAUGUGGUGCUAACACGCGAUCUUUGAGGUUGCCGUUUAGUAAGAAGCAUGUAUAUACCGGCAAUAGAAGAUUUCUUCCACCUUCUCAUGAGUUUCGCAAGAAGGGUAAA